AUGAGCCACGCCAAUGGCAUGAAUGCUGGCAUGGGCGGCGGAGGCGGCAUGGUCGGCUUCCCUACCCCAGCUGGCCAUCAGUCCGAUCUCAACUUCAUCAUGCAGAUGGUUGAGGACCUCUCGCGACAAUUGGAGAUCAACCAGCGUAUGACUGCCAGCAUCGUCGAGAAGAUUGGUAAGGUUCGUGAGAGAGCCAAGAACAUGGACCUCACCAACGAUGAGCUGAUUGCCCUCGUUUCUGCCGAGAUGAAUGAAGAUACCAACAACCUCGAGAAGGAGAAUUCCGAGUUGCGUCAGCAGCUUGACAAGUCUGAGUACAACAAGGUUGAGAACUGGAAGCUUGCUGUCCACGGAGCAAACAUCCUCAGCGACAUCCUCGAAAAGAUGCACAAGUUCAAGGAGCAGCACGAGAAGGAUACCCUUGCCUGGCACAAGAACUACCGCAAGCAGCUGGCCGACGAGCGUGAGGAGAACCUCAACCUCCGCAACCAGAUCAACGACAUGAAGGCCGCUGCUUGCCGCGCCAACGAACACCUCCGAGGCCUCCGCCGCUGGCUCACAGACCACGACGAAUUGAACGAACUCCGCAUCCAGAACAUCGCCCUCCGCCAGGAGAAGCGUUCCUGGAAGCGCAUGGCCCUCCCGCACCUCCACGACAGCGACUCUGAGUUCUCCGACGACGACGACCUCAUCGACCCCGAGGAGAAGAAGCGUCUCGCUGCCGAGGCCGCCGAGAAGCGCAAGGCUGAGGAUGGCAAGGAUAAUGGCGAGGGCGGUAGUGGUGGUGAGGGUGUUAGCGCUGUGGCCUAA